AUGGCAGAGCAAAAACAGGUGGAGGACAGUGGCUUUCAAUCUAAGGAGGGUCAAGCUUUGACAACACCACUCUUUUAUGAUCACCACAUCAUUCUCGCAUGUGCACCCCAAAAGAAAAGAGAAGAAACUAGGAUAUGUGCUUUUGAAACCUCUCCACAAGUAAUGGGCUAUUUUGGGUUUCGGAUCAUGUCAACUUGUGGGCCCUCACUCCACCGACAAUCUGUUUCGAAAUUUGGGCAGUAUGAAAUGGAAGAAGAGUUACAUGGAAGACCUAGUUUUAGAAGAAAAAUGAGUUGA